UAUGUGUAGUGAAAAUGGCUGCUAGUCGAAGGGCUGCAUUAACUAAUGAUGCAAAUUUAUCGUCCCAAAAUGAAUCUGGUAGAGAAUUAUUUGAAGCUUGUAGAAACGGUGACCUAGGAAAAGUUAAAAAGUAUGUCACUACACAAAAUGUGAACGCCAAAGACACAGCUGGACGAAAAUCUACCCCUCUUCAUUUCGCUGCUGGAUUUGGACGUAAAGAUGUUGUUGAACAUUUGUUAGAGAAUGGAGCCAAUGUACAUGCUAGAGAUGAUGGUGGUCUGAUACCCCUUCACAAUGCAUGUUCUUUCGGUCAUGCUGAGGUGGUGCAACUCUUGUUACGACAUGGCGCUGAUGCCAAUGCCAGAGAUAACUGGAACUACACACCUCUACAUGAAGCUGCUAUUAAGGGGAAAGUUGAUGUCUGUAUAGUAUUAUUACAACAUGGAGCUGAUCCUAACAUUCGUAACACAGAUGGCAAAACUGCCUGUGAAUUAUCAGAUCCUUCUGCUAAAUCAGUCCUCACAGGUGAAUAUAAAAAGGAUGAAUUACUAGAAGUAUCUCGAAGUGGUAAUGAAGAAAAGAUGAUGUCAUUAAUUACACCAUUAAAUGUUAAUUGUCAUGCUAGUGAUGGGAGAAAAUCUACACCAUUACAUCUAGCAGCCGGUUAUAAUAGAACUCGUAUAGUACAACUAUUACUACAACAUGGGGCAGAUGUUCAUGCUAAAGAUAAGGGAGGUUUGGUGCCACUUCAUAAUGCAUGUUCUUAUGGCCAUUUCGAAGUUACAGAGAUGUUAUUGAAGCACGGUGCCACGGUUAAUGCAAUGGAUUUAUGGCAGUUUACACCACUUCACGAAGCUGCGUCUAAAUCCCGAUCAGAGGUCUGUUCUUUACUGUUAGCUCAUGGUGCAGAUCCAACUCUUGUUAAUUGUCAUUCUAAAAGUGCUAUAGAUGUUUGUCCUACCAGAGAAUUACAGGAAAGACUUCAGUAUGAAUAUAAGGGUCAUUCUUUAUUAGAGGGAGCCAGACAAGCUGAUCUCACGCGUGUCAAAAAAUAUUUAACAUCUGAAACUGUCAACUUUAAACAUCCUUACAGUGGAGAUUCUGGCAUGCAUUGUGCUGCUGCAUCACCAUUCCCUAAACGAAAACAAGUGGUAGAUUUACUGAUUAGAAAAGCUGCCACAUUAAAUGAUAAAAAUAAAGAUAAUUUAACACCACUACAUAUGGCGGCUGAUAAAGGUCAUUUCGAUAUCAUGGAUGUUCUCUUAAAACAUGGUUCUAAGGUGAAUGCUCUAGAUCGUUUAGGACAGACGGCAUUACAUCGUGUAGCCCAACAAGGUAAUCUACAAGCUUGUCGACUGCUCAUGUCAUAUGGUAUUGAUACGACCAUUAUGAAUGUUAAUGGAUUUACAGCAGCCAUGUUAGCAACAGAAAAUGUUCAGAAGCUCCUACAAGAAGAUUUACCAGUAGGAGGAACUGAUGUUGAUAUACAGUUACUAGAAGCAGCUAAAGCAGGAGAUUUAGAACUUGUUAAGAAAUUAGUGACAAGUAAUCCUCAUGCUGUAAAUUGUCGGGAUUUAGAUGGACGACAUUCUACUCCUCUACAUUUCGCAGCGGGUUAUAACCGUGUAGCAGUAGUAGAAUAUCUAUUACAGCUUGGAGCAGAUGUUCAUGCUAAAGAUAAAGGAGGGUUAGUGCCCCUUCACAAUGCAUGUUCUUAUGGUCAUUAUGAAGUUACUGAACUACUUAUCAAGCAUGGUGCAUGUGUCAAUGUGGCUGAUUUAUGGAAGUUUACACCACUACAUGAAGCAGCUUCUAAAGGAAAAUUUGAAAUCUGUAAAUUAUUAUUAAAGCAUGGAGCUGAUGCUAAUAAGAAGAAUAGAGAUAGUCAUGCUCCGAUAGAUCUAGUCAAAGAUGGCGACCAAGAUGUAGGAGAUCUACUUCGAGGUGACGCUGCACUAUUAGAAUCUGCCAAAAAGGGUAACCUUGCACGUGUACAAAAACUAGCCACACCUGAAAAUAUUAACUGUCGUGAUACGCAGGGUAGAAACUCAACACCUUUACAUUUAGCAGCUGGGUAUAAUAAUGUAGAAGUAUCAGAGUUUUUAUUAGAGAACGGAGCGGAUGUAAACGCCCAGGAUAAAGGUGGUCUGAUACCAUUACACAAUGCUUCAUCGUAUGGGCAUGUGGAUAUAGCACAAUUGUUGAUUAAGUUUGAUACAUGUGUUAAUGCUCAAGAUAGAUGGGGUUUUACACCAUUACAUGAAGCUGCACAGAAAGGUAGAACACAAUUAUGUGCUCUAUUGUUAGCCCAUGGAGCUGAUCCAUCAAUGAAAAACCAAGAAGGACAGACACCUUUAGAUUUAUCUACGGCUGAUGAUGUCCGUGCAUUAAUAGAAGAUGCCAUGCCACCUACCACACUUCCUCCUAGUAUACCGAAAACACAAGUAGUUAGUUUAACAUCUAGCACAUCAUCUUCUAGCAAUAGUUUAUUGAACAGUUCAUCAGAGGGUAUCGCAGGAGCUGUUGGGGGAAGUCCCCAAAUUGGUGAUGGGUGUAUGGAGAGAUCAGCUGGGGAGGGGGAGAGAAGUUUAGAAACUUUAAGUGUUAGUGCUUUCCUUACAAAUAUAGGAUUAGAAUCCUUACGUGAUAUUUUUGAAAAAGAACAAAUUAGUAUGGACAUAUUGGCUGAAAUGGGCCAUGAAGAAUUAAAAGAUAUUGGAAUUAAUGCUUACGGUCAUCGGCACAAGAUACUUAAAGGUGUUGAAAAACUGAUGGCAACAAAAGGUGCCCAGGUAUUUUUAGGGCCACCUAAUCAAGGUACAAUAUUAAUAGAUCUCUCACCUGAUGAUCCAGAAUAUAUAUCAGUUGAAGAACAGAUGCAAAAUACGAUUCGUGAUCAUAAAGAUAAUGCUGGGGGCGUAUUUUCGAGAUAUAAUAUUCAUAAAAUUCAAAAGAUUCGUAAUAAACGAUUAUGGGAAAGAUAUUGUCAUCGUAAAAAGGAGGUUGCUGAAGAAAAUCAUGGCCAUCCAAAUGAACGCCAUCUUUUCCAUGGAUCUCCAUUUUUAACAACAAUUGUACAUAAAGGUUUUGAUGAAAGACAUGCAUAUAUUGGUGGAAUGUUUGGGGCGGGUAUUUAUUUUGCUGAGAAUUCAUCUAAAAGUAAUCAGUAUGUUUAUGGUAUUGGUGGUGGGACUGGUUGUCCAAUGCAUAAAGAUAGAUCUUGUUAUAUCUGUACACGACAAUUAUUGUUAUGUCGAUCAACUCUAGGGAAAUCGUUUUUACAGUUUAGUGCCAUGAAGAUGGCUCAUUCUCCCCCAGGUCAUCAUUCUGUUAUAGGACGACCUAGUACCGGUGGUCUUGUAUUCGCUGAAUAUGUUGUUUAUAGAGGAGAACAGGCGUAUCCAGAAUAUUUAAUUACUUUCCAGAUAAUAAAACCUGAUGCUGAUCCGACAUCUUGACCCGGUAGUUAGUUCUCGUGUAUAUAUACAAACUUUGUCUUGUCCUAUUUAUAAAAUUCUCUUGUCGAUAUCUAUAUCACUCAACUCUUCACCUAGUCACAACACUUAUAUCCUCAAGGUCUCUUACAUAAAUCUGUAAAAACUCUCUAUCUAUGUUCCUUCAUGUCAAACAUAAAACUCAGUAAUUAAGGCCAAACAAAUAAGAUUUUUAGUUUCUUGGGAUCUUUAUUAAUGGCCUAAAGUGACUUAAUAAGUUCCGUCUUUCAACUAUUGAGAAAAAUAACUGUGUGCAAAGAAAUAGGAAAACAAAUUUAAAUAGCCCUGGGGAAGAACGAUCUAAGUCUUGUUUUCAACAAACCACAGUUAAUGGCACCAUCUGUUAGCAAAUUGUAUAAGCUUUCUGUAGAACAUGUAGAACAAUCAAUUUCAGGUAAAAACUAUCUGAAAUGGCCUCCCAAACAAAGACGUCCAUCGUACCCUUUAUUUGACCUUAAUUUGGCUGAAAAGUGGAAGUCAGUUGUUGCUCUGGUAAUUAUGAUUCGUAUUAAACAUCAUUUUGAAGUUGUCAUUAAACCCACUUGUUGUUCUGUUCGCGUCAAGCAUUCUCGUCCAAAAGUCUUGUUUUGCCUUUUAUGUGAAAAGACAAAAAUGUGACUUAGAUCGUUAUUCCCCUGGACUCUUCAUAUAUUAAUUACAGGUGUUCAGAAAGAGCUAAAAUUCAAACGGGAUUGAUCUUUUUCUAAGAAAUAGGAAAACCAUUUGUAAAUUAUAACUAAUAUUAAAAUUGGUGUAGCCUUAUGAUUAUUAAUGUCUGUUAGGCCACUCUACUGUAUCCUUAAAUACACAAAUUACACAAACAAAUUCCACCAAAUUGUGAAAAAAGUUUUUAUGUGAUGUUACAUUAAUUAGAUUAAGUCUAGUCUAUAAAAUGAAACCUUUUAAUUGACAUAAUAGAAUUGAACUGAAUGUAGAGUCUAUCUUAAAACCUCAUUAUUAGAAAUAACAUGUUUGAAAUGUGUACAACAAUGAUUAUGUUAUAUAAAUAUCCCACACAGAAAUUGAUUAAGUGUGUCGUUGAUAUUUACCAUGUUGAAAUGUCAAUAAUCAAUAUUAUACUUUUUUUAAAAUGUUUCAUUUCUAACUGAACCU